AACCCGCUGUUACUACCAAACCACUCCCCAUCAAAACCACUCAAGGCUGAGCAAACAGCCCCAUCAACCCCGGAACAAACAUAAGAAAGGCUGAGAAACCCCAUUCGGAGGACGGACCCUGUACACCAGGUAAAACAGCACAAUGGCUGACGAAACCCUCUUGACAGAUCAUAGAGCCUAGAGGACGACCGUGGGGACUGGAGAGACAUGUCGAAGUUUUUUUUUUUAAUUUUUUUUAGUAAGAAGUUUCUUAAUUUGUUUUAUGUAUAGUGAAACAGCCGAAGACGGAAUGGCUUCUCCCAGCGCGGUUAUGGAACAGCCUAACAUAGAAAGUGAUUCAAGGGAUACUUGGGUUGCCCAACUUCAAGAAAUUGUCGUCCCUCCUUCGGAAGAUCCGCAUACAGGGGAUGCUUCGGUUGCCCAGCUUCAAGAAAAUACCGUCCCUCCUUCGGAAGAUCCACAGACAGGGGAUGCUCCGGUUGGCCAGCUUCAAGAACUUAUCAUCCCUCUUUCGAAAGAUCAGCAGACAGGGGAUGCUUCAGUUGCGGAGCCUCAAGAAAUUGUCGUCCUUCCUUCAGAAGAUCCGCAAACAGGGGAUGCGUCGGUUGCCCAGCUUCAAGAAAUUAUCGUCCCUCCUUCGAAAGAUUCGGAAGAUUCGGAAGAUUCGGAAGAUUCGGAGACAGUUUUUGUUGGGAGACUCACCCACUAUUUCCAGUCCAAGACGGAAAUGGCUUCUCCCAGUGCGGUUAUGGAACAACCUAACAUGGAAAGUGAUUCAGGGGAUACUUCGGUUGCCCAACUUCAAGAAAUUGUCGUCCCUCCUUCGGAAGAUCCGCAUACAGGGGAUGCUUCGGUUGCCCAGCUUCAAGAAAAUGCCGUCCCUCUUGCGGAAGAUCCGCAGACAGGGGAUGCUCCGGUUGGCCAGCUUCAAGAAAUUAUCAUCCCUCCUUCGAAAGAUUCGCAGACAGGGGAUGCUUCAGUUGCGGAGCCUCAAGAAAUUGUCGUCCUUCCUUCAGAAGAUCCGCAGACAGGGGAUGCUCCGGUUGCCCAGCUUCAAGAAAAUGCUAGCCCCCCUUUGGAAGAUCUGCAAACAGUGCGGAAUCAAAUUCCUAAUGAGCUAAUAACUACCUUGAACAGUCUGUUGGAUGACAUGAAAGUUGUACAUGAAGAUGCUAAGCGAUGUCGCGACCAUAUCAUAGUGAAGUCAUGCCUUGCCGAAAUGAGAGAAGUGCUUUCCGAUACUACAGAUAUAUUUAAGGAGAUAGAUAAAACUGCAGAAGUCCAAUCCAGUGCCAACAAGCCAUGGAAACUCAUCCUUAAUUUGUUUAACAGGAUUUCAAGGUUUAUGCAUUAUUAUCGAGGAAAAAGGAUGGUUUCCAAAUUGAAGUACAUGACUGUUGAAUUAGAAGAAAUUCUUGAGGAAGGAAAGCGGUUAUUAAAAGAAAUUUCUGAUGAAAGAACGCAGUCUGGCCUCCAAGACAGAUUAACUAUGCCUGCAACCUGGUCUGUGUUGCAGCCCUUGCACGAAUUUGUCCGAAUUUAUUUACGUAAAUUGCGGAAUUCAUCAAAUCAAAUUCCUAAAGAGCUAAUUACGUUGAGAAGUCUGUUGGAGGACACGAUACAUGUGGCUGAAGAUGCUGAGCGAUAUCACGACGACAUCAUGGUAAAGAUAUGGAUUGCCGAAAUGUAUAAUGUGCUUUAUGAUACUAAUAAUAUAUUUUGGGAGAUAGAGUAUGGCAAUGAAUUCGAGCAAACUGCAGAAGUCCAAUCCAGUGCCAACAAGCCAUGGAAACACAUCCCUAAUUUUUUUAACAAGAUUUCAAGGUUUAUGCAUUCUUAUCGAGGAAAAAGGAUGGUUUCCGAGGUGAAGGAUAUAACUGUUAGAUUAGAAGAAAUUCUUGGUGAAGGAAAGCAGUUAUUAAAAGGAAUUCCUCAUGAAAGAACGCAGUCUGGCCUGCAACGCACAUUAACUACGCCUGGUACUAGGGGUGUUCGCGGGGUGGUUUGGUUCGGAUUUUAACAUUUUUUAAUCCAAUCCAAUUUAAUCGGUUAGUAAAAUUUUUAAACCAAU